AUGCAAAUUUCUGAUACAGAAUAGGUAGGAAGUUAAAUAUUAUUUUUAGGAAUGUUUGAAUUUGUUUGAUCCAAACACCUAUCAAGAAGGACAAGGACCGAGGUUAGGAAAUUGUUAUCAACCUCCAACUUAUGAAGAAUUGAUGGCAGCAUCCACUGAUAAUCAAUUAAAGUUAUUACCAAACAAUAGAGAGAAGUUUUUUGAGUUUAUUCUUAAAGAACAAGUAAAAAAUAUACAUAUAUAUUUCUAGUAAGUAAGAUUGAAUCCAAAAGUCUAAUAAUUAUAUAAAGAUAUGAAUCAUUCUAGUGCAGUUGAACAUGCUAUACAUUCUGAGUUACUUAAAACAUUUGGAUAUGAUGAUUGCCCUCUUAAUCAUAGAUUAUAUUUUGCCUUAACCAGAAAAUAUUCAAAUGAUCCUGAACUAAAACCUUAAAUAUUUUUCUGGAGGAACAAUGUCAUGCAUGGAAGCAGAGUGAAAUUAAAUGAAACACCUCCUCCCAUACCAUUAUUGACACUUGACAAUAAAGAACUUCAAUUAGAAUAAUUAUUGUAAUCUGCCCAAGAAGAAAAAAAGCUGUGUGUGGUCUUUGCUGGCAGCUAUACAUGACCUCCAUAUA